UCUCUCUCUCUCUCUCUCUCUCUCUCUCAUACACACACACACACACACACACACACAGAAAAGUCUGAUUAUUUUCGGGUUUUCUUCUGAUUCAUCGAUCUUUUGUUUGUGCUUAUUUUAAGUAUCACUCUAUUUUAGUCAUUAUGGCUUUAUUGUAUGUUUUGAUAGCUGAAGGGUUUUUCCCAUUUACUUAAAAAAUUUCUUUGUCAUGCACUUAUUUUUUUUAUGAGCUUCAGAAUCAGUUUUUCAAGUUCUAUUUUUAAAUAUUCCAAUGAGAUUUUGAUCGGAUUGCUUUCAUUUAUAGAUUGCACUUAGGAGAAUGGACAUUUUCCUCAUCCUGACUUUUCCCAAUCAGGAACAUUGUACUUAUUUUCAUUUUGUUAGGUUCAUUUUUCUUACUCCUUUAGAAAAGUUCAAAAUAGCCUAAAAGUAGACUUGCAAAGUAAAAGGGUGUAUGUGUUCCUAAAGCCUUUCACUUCGUGCCUUGUUCUCUCUUGUCUCGGCAACCCCACACUUUGUGUGUGGGGGCCUAUUUCCCAGCACUCCUCCAGGGUACAGCAUUCUUGUUUGGGUGCUGGGCUUACUCAUUCAGUGGCCACUUCACAGUAUAGCAGGUACUAGACUUCAGGCCAACUGCCCCAUGGAAUAAGCAGUUUUUCUGGCCUUAUCUGCACUUGGAAUGAACACUUUUAUUAAAACAUAGUCAAGAUUUCCCAGCAGGAGUGGCUAGGAGACUCAUCUGCCUGGGGAGAUGGCUCAGCGCACAGAGAAUACCUCUAUUACUCUGUUAGUGAUUCUGGACCUUCCUGCACCAAGAGCUUUUAAAAUGCACAUUCUUGCCUUCAUCCAAAUAUCAAGACUGAUUCAUAGCACGUUUUAGAUGGGACUCAGGAAUCUGCAAUUUACAUUAACCCCUCCCAGCCCCAUCAGUGACCCUGGUCCAGGAGGCCCUGCACCACAGCUGGAGGCCUUGGUUACUGGUGGGUCUCAUGCUGAUUUUGAGCAUUGUUCACUGAUCUGAAAAUGUCUGUUGCCUUUUCAGAAGUAAGGAAACGCACGUAAAAUGCCUCUUAGAUCCUUAACAAUUCAAAUCAUGUAGGUAUUAACUUUUGUAGUUUUACUGAUUAUUUCAGAAUGAAAGCAUCACCCACCUGUUAUUCAGCAGGGCUGUGCAGGCUUUAUUGACGAGGCCCAAUAUAACUGUGGAAAAGUGCAGGUAGACUAAUUAUUAAAGUCAGUCUAUUGAUAUCGUGGGCUAGGUUACAGCAUGUGGAAUUUUUACUUAGAGCUGCUGCUGCUUGUAAUUGGACUUGGUUAUUAGCACACUGACGUAAUGGCUGCUAUUGAAAGAAGACUACCACUGGCAAUUUAUUCUUUGUAAUUUUUCCUUAUUGAUCUGAAAGAAAAGGUAAGGAGAUUCAGCCAAAAUGACUGAUUUUCUGUUUCUAGGCAGAUCUGCUGAGCCUGGGAGAAUCCCCAUGAUAUGGAGCUCGUAUCACUUGAAAAGUACAGGAGGAGUUUACAAGGAACUGAAUUUAUUUUGUUAGCAGGAUUUGGCCUGGCCUUCUGCAUUCAUUUUUUAAUAAAUAUUUUUCACUCCUGUGAGGACAGUUUUACAGUUGAGAGACCAAGAGUGAGAAAGGUUACAUAUUAGUAAAGCCCAACAAAGCAUCUGUAUUGAGUCCCUUUCUUGGCUUUUAAACAGAUUUUUCUCAUGGGAAGGCAGGAUGUAUUCCUUCCUGCUAGCUGGCGACUUUUGACUUAUAUGAUAUGUAUUUUUUCACUUCUGAUGUUCUGAUUCGAGUUAGUUUUCUGAUGUAGCAAGUGUGUCCAGCCCAUCCUUGCAUGCGCUUGUCUGAAGAAACAACAGCAAGAAAAGCAGGGCCUGCCCUGGAGUAGUUAAGUAAGAGCUGUUCUGAGGUCAGGUUGUACGAGCUCACGGACAGGUCACUGAAUGGCUCCUUGAACAAGCGGUGCCUUAGAGUUCCCGUGUUUAGCAGCAGUGCUGCACUGGACGCUGAGUGUGGAGACGAGAGCACAGGCUCCGAGUCCCGUCCUCCUUGUGCCUUUUCCUGCCAGUGGAAGCUGAGUGACCUCAGCAGGUCCUGCCACUACCCCGAGUGCUGUCACAGUGCCUGUGUGUGGGUGUAACAGGGACCAAAUGCAGCCAUCAGCACCCUGUAGGCCGGAGAACCUCUACAUCCACCGUCUACUCAUCCAGCCUCUCCAGAUGCUGCUGAUAGCCCCAAAGGGACCAAAUGCCAGUUUGGUUUUUGUAAAAGUGCUUUUUAAAAAAGUUUUAAUAAAGUAAACUUUAAUAAAGUAAAAUAUGUAAAGAAAAGCCCACAGUCAUAUGCAGCUUGAUGAAUUUUACAAAGUAAACGUACCUGUGUGCUCUGGUCUAGGAAUCAGCACUGUUAGCCUCGCAGAAGCCCCGUGUGCCCACCCCCAAGUACAGAUUAGGUUUACUAGGCUUGAACAUCAUGUAAAUGGACUCUUACGGAAUAUACUCUCGUGUCUGGCUUUUUUCACAGAACAUUAUUUGUGAGAUUCAUCUAUGUUGCAUAUGGUAAUAGUUUGUUCAUUUUGGUGCUGUAUAACAUUCCAUUAUAGAAAUAUGCCACUGGUUUAACUGGUAGUGGGCAUUGGAAAGUUACCAGUUUCCGGUUAUUACAAAUGGUGCUGCUGUCAAUAUUCUUUUAUGCAUCUUGUGGUGAACAUGUAUAUGCGUUUCCAUUAAGUGUAUGUCUAAGAGUAGAAUGAGGUUGUAGGGUGACCCGCGUUCACUUGUAGCAUGCCCUGGCAAGCUGUUUUCCACACUAGUGCUGCUGAUUUUCAGCACUACGAGCCAGGCCAGUGCUUGACAUUUUCAGUUUAUUUUGUUUUUGCCAUUUUGGUGGUGUUUCUGUAGCACAUUUGACAACAAAUAGACACUUGGUAAUCUUUUAUUGUCUUCAUUUAUGCACAUUCUUCAGCCUGGCAGCAUUUACUUGACAUCAUAACAGUUUGAAAAUGAGAGGAAAAAUCAUAGGGUUACUAACAUCAAGAAGACCAAAGCUUAAAUGAAGAGUUAUUGUUGGCUUCCUUAUUUUAUGUUGGAUGUAUAUGACUAGCUUUAAAAGAUAGUUUGAGAUACCUUCAGUCUCUAUCUUCAGUGGGAGGUGCCUGCAAAAUGCCCUGAUUUUUGGAAAAAAAAUGAUUCGGCAACAGAGAUUCUAUAUACUAACUUUUUAUUUUUAUAAAAUAUACACUCUCCUCUUCCCUGACUACAUUUCCUCUAGAGGAUAAAGAAGAAAAGCGGGUGGGUGUGUUUUAAAUGUGUGCACCUGUGUGAGUUUGAGGGGAGUUAAACACCAAAGACAGCAUCUGCCUACUUACUCUGUCACUCACAGUACAGAAGCUUUUACCAUGUUUCACAGUGGAGGACCUGCAGAGGGGCUAGGGAGAGGAAAUAGAUUGAAAGAAUUACCUUUUUCCUCCUAUUUAAACAAAUGAGCGGAUGAUAAUUGAAGGUAUAUCUGUGAUUAUCACCAAAAGCAACCUCGAAAUAGUGAAACUCUAGAAAGGCUAGUGUUUUAGCCUGCUCAGACUGCUAUGACAAUACCGUAGACUGGGGGGCUUAAACAACAGACAUUGAAAUUGAUUUCUCCCAGUCUUGGAGGCUAGAAGUUUCAAGAUUAAGGUGCCAGUGGAUUCAGUGUCUGGCGAGGGCCCCUUUUCUGCUUCAUAGACAGCUGUCUUCUUGCUGUGCCCUCACAUGGCCUUUCCUUGCUCAUGGAGAGAGUUCUCUCUUCUUGUUAUGAAGGCAAUGAUCUCCUUGGUGUCUCCUGCAGCGUCUCGGCUGCUUUCAGAGCUGAGACUGGAGUGUGCCCCUGCGAGUCAUGGCUACUAGGGCUGUGUUUGUGCUGAAGGACGAUGGCCUCAGGCAGAGUACCAUCUAUUCUGAGCAGAAGGGAAAUGGGUCAGUCGUGGUCUUGGGAUCCAUCACAGGAUUGACUGAAGACGAGCAUGGAUUCCACGUUCAUCUGUUUGGAGAUAAUAUACAAGGCUGUACCAGUUCAGGUCCUCACUUUAAUCCUCUAUCCAAAACACAUCAUGGGCCAAAGAAUCAAGAGAGGCAUGUUGGAAACCUGGGCAGUGUGGCUGCUGGCAAAGAUGGCGUGGCUAAUGUAUCUGUUGAAGAUUCUUUGAUUGUACUCUCAGGAGACCAUUCCAUCAUUGGACACACAAUGGUGGUCCAUGAAGAACCAGAUGACUUUGGGCAAAGGUGGAAAUGAUGAAAGUAAAAAGACAGGAAAUGCUGGAAAUCAUUUGGCUUGUGUAAUUGGGAAUGCCCAAUAAACAUUCCCUAGGA